AUGCCAUAUUCACCAGGUUACGAUGCAGAUGCAGUACAUGAAAGGGAACAAGAAUUAUUAUUAAGAAUUGUUCAAAGGACUGCUGAGAAUCUUAUUGAUAUAUCAAAUUCUCAUUCAAUUGAACGUUUACAACAACAAGAUGCUAUCGAUCCAAUGGAUGAAAUAAAUGAAGCAAUCGAACAUAUUGAAAUCGAUUAUGUUGGUGAUUUGGUGGUUCCAUUAACUUGA